AUGUCUCGCUGGCAUAAGUCGUCGUGCCACAGCCCGAGAGUGUCUGUUGAAGACGGACUGCCACACUGUCAAUCUUGCGAUAGUAGCCCAAACAUCCAAAAACUCGUCUCGGAACAAGCAGGCCUCAGCCCGCCUUGGAGUGUCCCUCCCGAUGAGAAGUUUGGCGAGAUGAAUCUAUCUUGGCCGGAAUCGGUUCUGUAUAGUCCCCAGACCCAAGAUACUGCAAUGACGGAUACCAGGGAAGCCAAUAAGGCUGAUGACCUGGGACGGCAGGAUGAACAGUCCCCCAUCUACAACAAGAAGCUCCAAGACGGCCAGUUCCGACUCCUUUAUCUUCCCGCUGUUGAUGAUGAGAGCUGCCCUAUCCAUGCCAGUCUUGAGGCUUAUCAGACCAAUGAUUGCCCUGAAUACGAAACGGUCUCAUACUGCUGGGGAGGCGAAAAUGACGAUACAACGCUCUGCAAACCCGUAUUUCUUGGUGAUUAUUGGGACAUUCUCCUGCAAACCAAUAAUUGCUGGUCGAUGCUUCGCUACAUUCGUCCCCGAGUCGGAGUCCGUGUCGUCUGGGUAGACGCCAUCUGUAUCCAUCAGAAGGAUCACCGGGAACGCGAGAGCCAGGUUGCCAUAAUGGGUAGCAUCUAUCAACAGUGUUUGAGGGUAAUGGUCUAUCUUGGGCAAGACGUGGUUCGCCCCAAAAGUACCGACAACAGAGCUUAUCCCGCGCGACGUGACCUGAACACAGAAUCAGUUUCGGCCAUUGGCCUGCAUCAGUUGCUCAAGAUGAGAUAUUUUCAGCGCGUUUGGGUCAUCCAAGAGCUUAUCCUAGCGCCCAUGGUUGUCAUACCAACGGCCUACAGCUUCUCGCGAGGGGGUGGCUUGGCAUGA